AUGCCGCCCAAAGUUAAAGAAGGAGAGAGACGUGACUAUCGUGGAUCCUCUGGGGAGCCUCAGCAACAUCAUGAAGCUGACGAGGCAGAGAAGAGUCUAUCCACAUCAGAACCCCUCAAGAAACAGCAGCAGAGAUCCACAGGGAAGAAAUCUCACCGCUGCUCUGACUGUGGGAAGACCUUUUCAAGAUUAUUUACAUUACAAUCACACCAGAGAAUUCACACUGGAGAGAAACCUUUCAGCUGCGAUCAAUGUGGGAAGAGUUUUAUUACAUCUGGCUGUCUGACUAUACACCAGAGAACACACACAGGAGAGAAACCUUAUAGCUGUGAUCAAUGUAAAAUGAGUUUUGUUACUUCUAGCUGUCUGACUAUACACCAGAGAACACACACAGGAGAGAAACCUUAUAGCUGUAAUCAAUGUGGGAAAAGUUUUGUUUCAUCUAGCCGUCUGACAAUACACCAGAGAACACACACAGGAGAGAAAUUUUAUAACUGUGAUCAAUGUGGGAAGAGUUUUGUUUCAUCUAGCCAUCUGACUAUACACCAGAGAAUACACACAGGAGAGAAAUCUUACCACUGCUCUGAUUGUGGAAAGAGUUUUUCUAUCUCAGGAAAUUUUAAAUCACACCAGAGAACACACACAGGAGAGAAACCUUAUAGCUGUAAUCAAUGUGGGAAGAGUUUUGCUCAAUCAAGCAACCUGAUAGCACACCUGAGAAUACACACUGGAGAGAAACCUCACUGCUGCUCUGAGUGUGGGAAGACCUUCUCAAAAUUAUAUACAUUACAAUCACACCAGAGAAUUCACACUGGAGAGAAACCUUAUAGCUGCUCUGACUGUGGAAAGAUCUUUUCAAAAUUAUAUACAUUACUAUCACACCAGAGAACACACACAGGAGAGAGGCCUCAUAGCUGUAAGCAAUGUGGGAAGAGUUUUAUUCGCUCAAGCUGCCUGAUGGUACAUCUGAGAAAACACACAGGAGAAAAAUCCUUUAGCUGUGAUCAAUGUGGGAAGUGUUUUACAACAUCUAGCCAGCUGACUGUACACCAGAGAAUACACACAGGAGAGAAAUGUUAUAGCUGUGAUCAAUGUGGGAAGAGUUUUGUUUCAUCUAGCCAGCUGUCUGCACACCAGAAAACACACACAGGAGAGAAACCGUAUAGCUGUAAUCAAUGUGGGAAGAGAUACUCUGGUAAAAGGUCUCUGAUUAGACAUCAGAAAAUACAUGAAGGAGUUGUUUCAUGACAUCAAUGAAAUAAUGUCACAAUGUAGAAUGUUUUUAACAUUGUAGAAGGAGUAUUUUAAUUAAUAAUGUGACAAUUUAGAACCCUAAUAUUUUGCCCCUGUUCUAUUGAUUUCAGUGUGAUAUGGAUAUUAGCCUCAUCAGGGGAAAAAUCCAGGCUCUGAAAUGAAAGUACUAUUUGUGAUUAACAAGAAAAAGUGUUGCGUUACACUUACUGUGUUGGCGACCCACUUGAAUCAAAAUGCAACACUUCAAAAUGUAGCUAGCUGUUUUCUACAAAUUGACCUCUAACCAGGGAUGUACACAUUAUUCCCAGAUUCCGUGUGUUUUUUUGAGCUGUUAGUUUUAUCAGGACGUGCAACCUCAUCUCCCCCUCUUGUGCAAUUGAUUUCAACGUGAUAUUGAUGUGAGUGAUGCUACAGUGAGGGGGAAAAGUAUUUGAUCCCCUGCUGAUUUUGUACGUUUGCCCACUGACAAAGAAAUGAUCAGUCUAUAAUUUUAAUGAUAGGUUU